AUGGUAGUUACUCAACCCCACGACAGUCAACUGAAAGUUCUCUGUGAAGUGAUCAAAAAGAUCCCUCGCGACCAAGCGAGUCGUCUUCUGGCUAAAGCCCGAGGACUCGACAUUGUGGAAGUCGCCUGGGAAGACACGGCCAGGACGAAGAAUUCGGUAUAUGGCCCCAAUAUAUCUGAUUUGACCUUGCUGGUGGCCGAAGUACGCAUGCCACUAUUUCGGCAUCCCAACUUUGCCGAUUACUCUUGGGACGUUCCUAUGGACAAAAUCCCGCUUGUGGUUGGUAACGAAAAUGGCACCACUCUCAAAUCAGUUUCUUUAGCCAACUACUUGAAUGAUAUUUCAAAGUAUACGGGACUGAAGAAAUCACUGUACUGUCCGAAGCGAGACUCUCACGCCUUGGUUUCCGCUCAAAGCUGCUUUUUGCCUGUACCUCCUAAGCAAACCCCUGCUGUCUACUUUGGAGCCACUCCACCGAUUCAGGAUCCUACCAAGUUCUAUGUUAGUAUUUACAAUUAUCAAUCGACAACAACCCAUUCAGCUGUUCUCGCCAUUGUAGCCACCAGCAAAGGUACCAGUGCUCAGCUCUUACUGAAGACUCAGAAUGGCGUAUUUGCUGGACAAAAACUUUACUUUAACAGCAACGGUUCUAAACACGCAUUCUUGGCUCAAAGACUGACAUACGACAGAAUUCUGCGUGGAGAGAAAGAUCUUACAAAGCCUAUGACCGCUGAAGAAAGGCAAAAUAAUGCCAUUGUUGUCAUACAGGUACCACUGAAGAUGUCUGAUAAUCUACGGUCUUCCCAUUUGCUCUCUUCUGCCUCAUUCGGAUCGUCUGGGCCAAAAAGUUCUACUACCUCAUUCGGAGUGUUUGGGCCGACAAAUUCUACUCAACCUCCAAUCUACGGACCCCAACAUAAUUCCCCAAAUUGUUUUAAAGAAGCAUCUCCUUUCGCUGCCUUUGGGCAAACCAAUACAUCAUACCAACCCCCACAACAAAUCGCUCCGAAUAGCCCGUACCCAACCUAUCCUGCUAGCCCCAUGGCGCCAUUGAGUUCGCCUGCAUUUCAACCUUUUGGGUCAAAAAGCAGUUUCAGCCCUUCAAAAAGCUCAUUUGGCUUUGGUGCAACACAUCCUCCUAAAGUCUCAUUCGGCUUUGGUGCGACACAAAAUCAGCAAAUAAGCCUACCAAGGGUACAGAAUCCGCCUCCUGUAGACAUUGAGAAUGCUAUCAUUUCAUUAGCUGAGAGUGAAGGGAAAUUCCCAAGUUUAGAGGGAAAACCUUUGGAGCGAGAUGAAAGGUACCCUGUUCGUGUCACGAUUCAGUGGUAUAAGGUCACCAGCUCCGGAAAUGUCAGCACCGAAGUUGUCGACGAAAUCCACCAGCAAAUGCAGGUAGCAAAAUCGCAAGCUGACUUUUGGGGAAGCUUGGUAGUGGACAAGGCAAGUUGGGAAGUGCAGAACAAUCGUCCUACAGAGAUCAUGCCGACCUCUCCACACCCUAUUGUAGGAAAACACCCCGAUACAGUAUGCGACAUUUGUCAUGUCAACUUUAAAGACAAUGAAAUCCGCUAUCGAUGCAUGUAUUGUCCAGAUUGGGAUGUUUGCCAAAAGUGCUUCCCCUCUCACAGUCACCCUUCGAAACACCUGCUAGCAGCCGUAAAAGAUUCAACAUCACCUGAUAUUCAGAACAACGUUCGCGUAGCCAACAGAACCAAUUUAGUACACAAUGUGCAAUGCUCAACUUGUCGCUUUGCCAUUGUGGGCGCUCGCUACGUUUGUGCAGUUUGUAACGAAGGAGUGCCUGGAAAAGCUGCCAUCAACCUGUGUGAAAGCUGUGCUGACAAUAGUAGCCACGCUGAAAACAGACAUCCGCUUAUUCGUGUUUGGCACUCUGAGGAUCUGAAGCAGAUUGGCCUCGAGUAAAUCAGCCUAUACUCAUGUUUGUGCGUUUUUAUAUCCUCUACCUUCAUCCAUAUUUUCAAUAGUGUUAGAUAGCUAAUAUGUAGAAUAAAAUACCCCAUAAAUAAACAGAAACCUUAUGGUAUGUCGG